CAAAUGCAUCUACGUGUCAAUUCCUUUACCAUGCAACUCAGAUACUCCCAAUUGGCAAAUCAAAGUAACUGGAAAAAUCUUCCCCCAAAAUUAAAUUUGACGAGAAAGAUAAAAUUUUACAAUAAAAAUCGUGGACAGAAUUCCUCACCGUCUUCUUAAAUUUGCGAAUCUCACCUUCAAUUUCUGAUCAAGAUAAACCUUAAACUCCACUCGCAAUCUCAGUUGCGAAGCUCAUUUAGAAAAUGGCUUUCUUGGAUAUCUUGAAGUUGUCGUUCCUUCUCAACUUUCUCUCGAGCUCGAAUUUGGUUCUGUCGCCGGAGAAAAAUGCCGGCGGCGUCAGCGUCUUUCCGCCUACGUGCAGCCGUAUUGAGUGCCCCAGCUACGAUCUGAUCCACGCCGGAAAUGGAUUUGAAAUCCGGCGUUACAAUUCGAGCAUGUGGGCAUCUACGCAGCCUAUCGAUGACGAUAUCUCAUUUGUUUCUGCAACCAGGAGAGGAUUUCUGCAGUUAUUUGAUUACAUCCAAGGCAAGAAUGAUUACCAGCAGAAAAUAGAAAUGACGGGUCCAGUGAUCACCGAAGUGAAACCUAGCAACGGCCCCUUCUGUGCUUCGUCCUUCGUGGUGAGCUUCUACGUCCCUAAAGAGAACCAAGAGAAUCCGCCUCCUGCUGAAGGCCUCCAUCUGCAGAAGUGGGGGGUGACCUAUGUAGCCGUGAGGCAAUUUGGAGGAUUUAUAGCUGACGAAGAACUUGGAGAGGAAGCAGCAGCAUUGUAUGCUAGCAUUGCUGGGACUGAAUGGGCCAACGCCAUUGCCAAGAGCCAUGCGGGGGAGGAAGUAACGGAGUACAUUGUCGCGCAGUAUAACUCUCCCUUUGAGUUCCAAAACAGAGUGAAUGAGAUUUGGUUCACAUUUGAUUGGUAAGACUGAUCAAACUUAGCAUCAACCUAGUACUUCUGUAUAUGAGACGCGGCGUGCUGCAACGGAUUUUGAGCCUCAUUUUCGUGUAGAUGAUUUGUUGCUUCACCUACUUGAAAUGCAUAGAGUUUUGUGUUUGAGACUUAUUCUUGGAAAAUAACUGGCUAUGCGAAGCUCCUUUUAAGUCUCUGAUAUCGUAUUACAUGCUUUUUGGAUUGUUUUCA